AUCAUUUUCAAUCCCAUUUUCUGAAAGAAAAUGGCUUUGGAAAUGAAUCUCUAUCUCCCAUUAAUUCUCUCUGCAUUAAUGCCAAUAAUACUCUUGUAUUUCAUAUCUCUGAUCCACAAGAACAACAACAAUGGAAGUUACUUCGGAAAGAAGAAGAAGAAGAAAAUACUACCUCCAGGGGAAAUGGGACUUCCAUGGAUCGGAGAGACAUUAGAAUUCUACCGUGCACAAAAAAAGAAUCGGAUAUUCGAAGAGUUCAUUCAACCUCGAACAGCAAAACAUGGAGCCAUAUUCAAAACUAGACUAAUGGGAUCACCAACGGUAUUGGUAAGUGGUGCAGCUGCAAACCGUUUUUUCCUUUCCAACGAAUUCAAACUCGUAGUAAGUUCAUGGCCGUCUUCGUCUGUUCAGCUUAUGGGGAGAAACUCCAUCAUGGAAAAACAAGGUGAUCGCCACCGUAGUAUCCGUGCAGUAAUAGCGACUAGCCUUAACAGUGCCGGUCUCGAAAAGCUAGUGCCUAAAUUGUGUAGUUCGGUCGAAGAUCACCUGAAAACGCAUUGGGUAGGGAAAGAUACAUUAAGUCUAUAUCGGUCUACAAAAUUGCUUACAUUUUCCGUUGUGUUUGAAUGUUUACUUGGGAUCAAAGUAGAAGAUGGAAUGUUAGAGAUGUUCGAGAGGGUAUUGGAGGGGGUUUUCGCACCUCCUGUUGAGUUUCCGGGUUCCAAAUUUUGGAGGGCAAAGAGAGCUAGGACACAGAUAGAGAAAAUGUUGGUGGAAAUUGUUAGAAAGAGGAAAAACGAGAUGGAACUCGAACAAAAUAUAAAAGGCGGAGGAGGAGGAGGAGGAGAAGAAGAUGGAAUGUUAUUAUCUCGUUUAAUUGCAAGCUUAAUAAGAGGUGAGAUUAGUGAAGAGGAGGUUGUGGAUAACGUCGUGCUCUUAGUAUUUGCUGCUCACGACACAACUUCAUUCGCCAUUGCUAUGGUCUGCCGGGCAUUGGCUCAUCAUCCUAAUUGCUACCAACAUCUUCUACAAGAACAUGUCGAAAUUAUGGGCAGUAAAAAACCAGGAGAAACAUUAACACUGGAUGAUACACAGAAGAUGAAGUAUACAUGGCAAGUUACCCGGGAAAGCAUGAGAUUAUUUCCACCCAUUUUCGGGUCUUUCAGAAAAGCAAUUGUUGAUAUUGAUUACCAAGGAUUCACCAUACCCAAAGGAUGGAAGAUAUUAUGGACGACAUACGGAACUCAUUUAGAUGAAGACAUUUUCAAAGACCCGCUAAGUUUUGAUCCUAGUAGGUUCGAAGAACCGGUUCCACCGUAUGUUUACGUUCCGUUUGGAGGAGGACCAAGGAUGUGUGCGGGUUACCAAUUGGCUAGACUGAAUAUCCUCGUUUUCAUGCAUUUUAUGGUAACACGAUUUGAUUGGUCGCUUGUUCAUCCUGACGAACCAAUUACCAUGGAUCCUUUACCAUUCCCUUGCUACGGAAUGCCAAUUAACAUUUCUCCCAAAACUUCGUAAAGAUUGAAAUGAUAACC